ACAGUUUGAAUAACCUUUAUUGUAAGCAGUGUUUGGUAACUUGUCAAACAUGGGUGCGCGGGUCGCGCGUAUGUUCCGAAACAUCAACCUAGAAAACCGGGUACACCGAGAACUGACCAAGGAAAAGCCGCGAGCUGCACCCCGGCACGAGACCAAGCUCGCGCCCUCGGCCGACGUCUCUGACGCGGCGGACUCGGUGAACAAGAAGAACGACCCUCUGCUCAACCUGCUCAAGUCCGUGUAUGUGGAGUCAAAGGACCCGGCAGCAGCGGCAGAGGCACCACAGGAAGUGCCCGCGGGUGAAGAAGCAGCGCGGCGGCCGCUAAAGUUCAGUUUACCGGGUGACGCUUACGGCCUGGUGGAGCUCACAGACGUCCCUAAAGGCAAACUGACCAUCGCUGAGGCCCUGAAGGCCCUGAGCAGCCACCAGCGGCAGCCUCAGACAUGGACGCCAGAAAAGAUCGCUCAGGAAUAUUCUCUAGACUUGAAAGACACAAAAGCUCUCAUGGAAUUCUUCGUCCCCUUCCAGGUUCACAUCAUACCACCCAAGACUGAAAAGGCCAAGCAGAUUAAGGCUUCUUAGGACUGGACUGUAGUUAAAUGGUAGGCAUUAGACAAAAUAUGACCUGAUUUAUUUAUGUACGUCAGGACAUUGAAUUGGGAGUGGAACCGAUGAGUUUCUCAAGCUUGGGGUUUGGACCCAGUGUGGGCUGGAAUUAUGGGAUAUGUCUGAGGUCGAUAUAUUGAUACAUAUAUAGCAAAAAAAGAAAAAGGAAAAAAAUAAAAUAAAUAAAUGCAAAAUGUUUAAUUGUAAGAAUUGUGUCUUUAUAAUCCAUUGGAAGAUUCCUCUUUAUUUAAAAGAAUACAACAUUAUUCAUACUCAAAUUCUCAUGAGGUUUUAAGGAUCUUUAAUUUGUCAAGAGGUCCAAAAAAAGGUUGAGAAACCCUGGUUUAAAGAAACAGUUCAAUUUGGGAAAAUUCACUUAUGAGUUUCCUUUUGAGAGUGUGACAAGAAAAAAAAUCUAAUGUUGAUUUUUUAAGUACGGAGCUGAAGCCAGGAUGCGGUUAGCCUAGCUUAGCAUAAAGACUGUAAGGAAAAAAUCAUUCCAGCACAGAACUUCCCCUCCAAAAAUAAUUCUUUUAUGCCUUGGCUGGAGGCGCUAUGUUUUUAGGUCGCCAGUCUGUUAGUCCCUUUGUCGUGAACGCAAUAUCUCAAGAACGCCUUAAGGGAUUUUUUUCAGAUUUGGCACAAACGUUCAUUUGGAUUCAACAAUGACCUGAUUAGACUGGUUGUCAAAGGUCAAGGUCAUUGUGACUUUGCGUCUGCCUCAUUAUCAUGAACGUGAUGUCUUAACAACGCCUCGAGGGAGUUUCUUUAGUUUUGGCACAAGUGUACACUUGGAUUUUCAAGGUCGAAGGACAAGGUUGCAUCCAUCUUAUUUUUAUGAAUGUGAGGGAACUGGAAUUGUUUUUUUUUAGAAAACUGAUGUCAAUCCAGAUUUCAGAGGGUUAAGUCUUUAUGCUAAGCUAAGCUAACUGUAUCCAAACUCCAGCUCUACUGUUGCAAAACAAAAUAAGCUUACUUCCCAAAAUGUUCUGUAUUAACAGUAUAGUAACAGUAUUUUGCAUAAUGCAUAGCCAUUCAUUUCAGUUGUCUGAAGCAGUUAACAUCAGCAUGCUGUUUAUCCGUUAGGUUUGUCAAAUGUUUGAUCCAGUCCAUUUUAAUAUUUUGGUGUUUGCCAUGUGUGUGAGUGUAUGUCCGAAACUAAAAAAAAAACUGUCGCUUGCGAGGCAUUUAUGAGAAUCCAGCGGAGGGAAGGUGUUUAUGUCCAUCCAUCCUGUCCAUCCCACACAACAUUCCAGCAGAGACGUCUUUUUAAGGCGGACACAGACGUUAUUGUUGCUCCACUGUGGCUUCCAAUGGCAGAUUUCAGCUUAGUUGCCAAAAUAAAUAUUGGCUCUGCACGUUUCUGAGAACAACACAUACAUUCAAACCGCUGCCAGAAAGAAAUGCAUCCCAUAGUACUGUUUUCAUGCCAUUUACGAGGAUGUUUGGUAAUGAUUUUAUUAUUGGUUUCAAAUAGCAGCCAGUGCUGGAAUAGCAGGAACUUUAAGUUAACCCUUUAAAACCUGAGCUGACUUGAUUUUGUUUUCUUGUUUUCUUGUUUUGUUUUGUUUUUUUCAAAAACAUGGGAGGGCAAGUAACUAAACACGAAAAGGCCCCAAAAUUAG